UUGUAAAUGAAACAGGACGACUGAAGUUUUAUUUAUGCUUUGUGCCGCUGGCCCGUUGCCUUGUUGUGCCCAUAUGUUGGCGACUGUGCUGGGUGUGGAUUAAAAUACACACUACUAUAACGUAUUUAGUAUUGUAGACGUCCAACAAGUGCUUCAUAACAGACGCAGACGUAUACAAAGUGCCACCUUAUCCUUGGCUUGACGAUAUUUUACGCCAUAGAAACGCUUGUAGUUAUUUGUACUCGUUAAAUUCAAAAUAAAAUUGUCAUAAAUCCAUAUCUACUGCAGCUACGUUAAGUAGUGUAAAUCUUGCAUGAGAAUACAAGCCGAUUAAAAGAAACUGACAUCCGGGAAUACUGAGCGUCAGCCCACGCUUUGCCGCCUCGUUUUGUCAUGAAGGAAGAACCACUGGAUGCUUUCUCGCCGGUCGACACGGGACCUGAAAGCUUCACAACUGCACCAGAACAGGACCAAAGUGCAGAUACAUUUCCGGUCCCGGAAAUGACAGAAACUCAGAUGUUUGAGUUUGUGGCUGUGAAACAGGAAUGGGUCGAAGAUGGGGUGAAGAAAGAUGACUGGGAUGAGGCUCAGGAGCCUGAGAAUGCAGCUGUAGAGGAAGAUGAGAUUCAUGCAAAAACACAGCCAUCUGAGUGGCACAGGUCAGAGAGAUGGGCAGAAUACUUUGAAGAUAUUCUCAAUGCCAACUCAGACCAGAGAUCAAGAGAUCUGCUAAAACAGGAGGAGAAUAUAGAGACAAGAGAUGAUGAAAGGAAAGAAGCAAAAAGACCAACUUUGGAGAGCUCAAUAUUAGCUAAUUCUGCUAUAAAACUGUUCCAGGAAUCCGAAUCAGCAGACACAACAUUGGGCACUCCAAGGUCCAUCCCGCAGGGCCAGGACCGGCCUACUACUGACAUAUGUGCUGCCAUAAUUGCCAGAAAUGACGGUAUCCCACAUGGUGAUAGUAAUCACAGUGGCAGCAGUAAGGAAUGUGACAAGAACAAAAGGGACAGACUCCUACUGUCAGGACAGGUGGUGUGCUCAGAGAUGCAGGAUAAAGUAGGUACCCAUAAAGACACCUAUUCUGUCACAGACAGCACGUCGAGUGACAGAUUCCGCAAGGCCACCUCCGAUGCCGAUUGUAAUCGCUACCGGACAAGUGCCGACUGCGAGAGUGUCUCCCCGUCAGGGAACGACCGUGUCGUCGAGCUGCCGUCACUGCCACCUGUCGAACGGGACGUCUACACGUGCGACGUCUGUCGGGAAGCGUUUACCGACAAGGGAGCUUUGAGAACCCACUUGCAGCAGCACGUGCUGAUAUGUGACAUCUGCCACAAGGCUUUCCGCGGCACCGACGGCCUCGAGGUGCACUACCGGACGCACGCGGCCGAGAGGCCCUUCCCCUGCGAGGCCUGCGGCAAGGCGUUCUCGCGCAGCGAUAAGCUGAGGCUGCAUUCGCUGCAGCACACGGGCCGGCGGCCCUACCGCUGCGAUACCUGCGGCGAGACGUUCUCGCGCAGCGACAACCUCAGGCAGCACACACUGCGGCACACGGGUGAACGCCCCUACAGCUGCAGUGACUGCGGUAAGAAGUUCUCGCGCAGCAAUAACCUCAGGCAGCACCGUCUGCAACACACGGGCGAGCGACCCCACGAGUGCGGCAUCUGCCACAAGCGGUUCACCAACGGCAGCAACCUGGCGCAGCACUCGCGCGUCCAUACGGGCGAGCAGCCCUACCGCUGUGACACCUGCGGCAGAUCGUUCACGCGAAGCAGAAACCUGAAAGUGCACCGUCGCCCGCACACGGGCGAGUGGCUCUACUCCUGCGACGACUGUGGCAAGGCGUUUGUUUACGGCAGUGGCGUGCAAAACCCCAGGCACAUCCGAACACAGGUGGAGUCCUGAGACUGUGCCCUUUUCUGGAAACAUUUUGCACAGACGACCAGUCUGA